CUAUUAAAUAGCAGCAGAUAUUAUUCAUGUGUUACUUACUUUGGCAGUUAGAAAACUGCCCAAACUGCAGAAAAUGGAAUUCUGUUUUAAAUUAAACUUUGCUUAUGGUUCACAUACAUUAAAUUUGAUAAGCAUGCUACAGCAGGGCUCACAAGUAUUAAAUAAUUGGCAACUGACAGAAAGUCAACAUGUAAAAUUUCCCACAUUACAGAGGCUUUAUAUAAAGAAAAAGCUAUUAGUGUGCACAAUGCAGUCUUACAAAACUUUUAAGCUAAUUAUUUUGUUUCAGGCUUGAGAACAAGUAUUGCUGAACAAGAUUUUUAUUACAUAUCUGAAGGAAAGUCUUUAAAAAUUUCAGGGAGUUCUGCCAAGACACUGCAGCUGUUUUUCUGUGAGGUGAUAACUUUUUGCACCCACACCAUCCUUACACAUCUUUGUUAGCAUCUGUAUGUCUUCAGUUUUCUGUAGUUCUGUCCAUUGUUAGGCAUAGUUCUGCUUUCUACCUUGUCCUGCUUACAUUUAGCCACCCUGCUCUUUACUCAAAGGAGCAGCAGUCUUUAUAUAGAUGGGCUUACGCUAUCAAUGUGGAAUUGAGAAAUACUCAAUGUACACUCCUUGAAGAUGAUCCACAAUGUACUGGAAGUAGGCCAGAACAGAGAAAUAGUUCUGUAUUUUAUUUGUUUACCAGUCCACAUUUCAUUUGAUGAAAAUUUAUAAGUUUUUUUUCAAAAGGGAAGCGAAUUUUGGAAAAAUAUUCCCAGGUGAAGUAUUGGAGUAUAUUGCAAUAAAGAGGUUGCAAGGGUUCUCCUCUGCAAAUGCAUUUUUAAAAGAAACGUCCUUAUUGGAAAAAGUGUAACGUAUAGUGCAAGCUAGUAAAUAGAACGACGGCUCCGUUUACAGCAACUACGCUUACAGUAAAGAGGAGUGGGCUGCAGGACCACCACCACCACCUCCCGCCGGGCGUGUUCAUUGGAGGCAGAGCAGGGAGGAGGAGGAGGAGGAGGAAAAGUCACAUUUCGAACAUUGGCGUCUCCCCAGCUGACGCUCUUUUAGUUAUCCGACUGUUCGAACCCUCGCGGGAAAAGCGAAGGUUCUAAAAGUUGCAGGGUUCCACGCUUGGAACGUUGCUGUUCCCAGGAUCAGGACUUCGAGAGAUUCGGUGUAGGACCUCCGCGGGCUUUUUUUUUUUUUUUUUUUUCCAAUUCCCCGCCCACUGCUCGCAAGUUUAUCCAGGGCAAGUUUCUUCUCAACUUGAACGCUUGCUGCCACCUCUUUCCCUCUCUCCUGUUCCCUCAUUUCGUGCGUGUGUGGGUGUUGAUUUAUUUCUUGGGACGUGUGUCGGGCGUCCCUGGUUUAUCUGUGUCCCUUGUGGGGAAUGUGGAAAUGGCCGGUGACAACAGUCGUGGAGUCUUCUUCUGUUGGCGACGCUUCGAGCUCUUACUGCUAGCGACAGCGGCCGCCGGACUCUGCAGCGGGGUCUCGGGAGGCAAGAAUCCCAGCUGCCACGAAGUAAGGACGGCGUUUCAGAUGCGGCAGAUCGGUCCCAUCAAGCUGGUUCCUGAUGUUCCCACAACUGAUUCCAGUUUACAGAUUUGCCAACACAAAUCACCAACAUGCUGCACUAAGAAAAUGGAAGAAAAUUAUCAAGCAGCUGUUAGAAGAGAGAGGAUAGAGAACACUCAGACUCUAAAUUUUGAACUGAAAUAUAUGAUUAUUGGUCACAUUACAGCUUUCCAAGCAGCCUUUGAGUCCCUGCUUCGUUUUGCUGAGAAUCACACCGCUUCUCUCUUUGAGACUGUCUACAGAUCCAUGUCAAAGGAGGCAGCUGAGCCUGUGAAAGAACUUUUUACAGACCUCUCUCUCUACCUCUUGGGUGCUCAAAACAGAGUGGAAAAAGCAUUUUUCCGGUUCUUCGACAGCCUCUUCCCUUUGGUUUAUACCCGCUUGAUAAACCCUGGCAUGACAGACUUGUCAGAAGAAUAUAUGGAAUGCCUGCGACAAACACGACAAGACAUCAAUCCAUUUGGACGCUAUUCCAAAGAAGCUGUUAUGGAGCUAGCAAAGUCUCUGAGGGCAAGCAGAACAUUCAACCAGGCCUUGGGAAUGGGUGUUGAAGUGCUAAAUGCCACUGAGCAUGCUGUUUUAACCAAAGAAUGUAUCCGAGGCCUUGUGAAAAUGCAGUAUUGUCCUCACUGCCAAGGCCUGACUCUCAUCAGGCCCUGUGAAGGAUAUUGUCUAAAUGUGAUGAGAGGGUGUUUUGCUAGCGUAUCUGAGCUGGACAUUCAUUGGAGGGAAUAUAUCUAUACCCUGGAAUACCUCACCAAUGAAAUGGCUGGAACUCAUGAUCUAGAACUGGCACUGCUGGGUAUUCGGUACUCAAUCAAUGAGGCCAUUUUACAAGCACAACUUAAUGGACCCCAGCUAUCAGUGACUAAUUGCUACCAGCAUCAUACAUAUAUAUUGAAAACAUUACAACUUUUUUUAGCCACUGCCUUUCUGUAAAUCCAAAUCUAUGCAUAUUGUCAGGCCUUCAUUUUCUCUGUUUUAUUUCUUUAUUUAAAAUUUUAUGUGCUACCAUUACCAUAUUGUGAAUCUAUGGCUUACGAUAUCUAAAUCUGAAUUUAAAAAUAAAUGUAAAAAUGAAAACUAUUUUUUUAAAAAACACAGCUUCAUAAAAGUUACAUUACAUUAAAAUUAUACAUAAAAUAUACAUUUAACCCUUAAAAGGUACAUUUAACCCCUUUCCAUAUUAAUUAAGAAGUCUAGCCACAGCAUCGUAGCAAUAUUAGAAUAGAGUAGAGUAGAGUAGAGCUGAGCUGGAAGGGACCUUGAAG